CUUCUUCUCUAGCUCAAAUCAGCUUGUUUUUGGGCUGAAAAUGGGUCAUAAGAUAAAAGAUCUUAACAAGAGACUUCAUGAGAUUGCCUCGAAUAGAACAUUUGGUCAAUUACAAGUGAACCACGAAGAUGCACGAUUUGUAAUAAGAGAGAGGGUCACCCACUCAUUUGUCCGCGAGGAUAAUAUAAUAGGGAGAGAUGAAGACAAAAGAGCAAUUAUUCAACUUUUGUUGGAUUUGGAUCCCAUCCCUACAAAGAAUGUCUCAUCGAUUUCCAUAGUUGGAUUUGGAGGAUUGGGAAAAACUACACUUGCUCAACUAGUUUUAAACGAUGAGAUGGUUGAGAAGCAUUUUGAGCUGAAAAUGUGGAUAUGUGUGUCAAAUGUAUUUGAGUUGGAUAUAAUUGUUAAGAAAAUCAUUCAAUCUGCAACUAAUGACAUAGCCAAAAGCCUUGAGAUUGAUCAGUUGCAAAAAGAACUGAGGAAAAUAAUAGAUGGGAAGAGAUACCUCCUUGUGUUGGACGAUGUGUGGAAUGAUAAUCGUGAAAAAUGGUUUGGCUUGCAAAACUUGUUGAUGGGAGGUGGAAAAGGUAGUAAAAUACUAAUAACUACUCGUAGUGAAAAAGUUGCAAAAAUAACAGACACAUCUAAACCAUAUAACUUAAGGGGUUUAAGUGAAGAGCAGUCUUGGUUUUUGUUUAAGAAAAUGGCAUUCCAAGAUGGAAAAGAGCCAACGAGUUCAACCAUUAAGGCCCUUGGGGAGGAGAUUGCUAGAAAAUGUAAAGGGGUUCCGCUUGCUAUAAGGACCAUAGGACGGAUGUUGUACACUAGAGAUCCAGAAACUGAGUGGUUGGCUUUCAAGAAUAACAAGCUUUCAACAAUAAGGCAAGAAGAAAAUGAUAUUUUACCAACACUUCAGCUGAGUUAUGAUGUUCUCCCAUCACAUUUGAAACAUUGUUUUGCUUAUUGUAGUUUGUCCCCGCCUGAUUAUGAGAUUCCCGUAGAGAAUUUAAUUAGGUUGUGGGUGGCACAAGGGUUCGUUAAGUCUUCAAAUCCUAAUGAGUGCUUGGAAGAUGUUGGUUAUGAAUAUUAUAAAGAACUAGUUUGGAGAUCUUUUUUCCAAGAAGAAGAAAAAGAUGAGUUUGGUAUAAUAAAAAGCUGUAAAAUGCAUGAUCUCAUGAAUGAACUUGCUGUUAAAGUGGCAGGGGAGGGAAGCACAAUAAUAGAUCGCAAUAAGACUGAUUUUGAAGCAAAACGUCUUCUUCAUGUAUCUUUCGAUUUUAAUGUUGAUUCGUCGGAAUGGAAAAUACCAACAUCCUUGCUGGAAUCAAAUAAGCUAAGGACUUUUCUUUUCCUAAGCCAAAAUGGAGGGGGGGAUGUCAUUCCAUAAGUCAUUUUGUGCUACAAUUGCUUCAAAUUUUAAAUCAUUGCGUAUGUUGAGUUUGAAUGAAUUGGACAUUACAAAAUUGCCAAAAUGUCUUAGGAAAAUGAUACAUUUAAGAUAUCUUGAUCUUAGUGGAAAUCCCAUUAAGAGACUUCCAAAUUGGAUAGUGAAACUUCAAAAUUUGGAAACACUAGAUCUCAAUUAUUGUCAGUUUCUUGUGGAAUUGCCUAGAGAUAUUAAGAAAUUGAUCAACUUGAGGCAUCUCAUUUUGGCAAAUUGUGACAACUUGGCUUGGAUUCCUCGUGGAUUGGGUGAAUUGACUCAUGUUCGUACUUUGAAUACAUUUGUUUUGAGUGAAAACAAAUCCAUGUUGAGGGACAGUGCAGGGCUCAGUGAGUUGGGAAAGCUGAAGGAUUUAAGAGGAGUGUUGAAAAUCAAAAAUUUGAGGUGCGAGCAAGAUAUGGUGUCAGAAUUGAAUGAUGAUUGUGCAGUUUUGAAGGAGAAACGACAUCUCUAUUCGUUGGCUUUAUAUUGGAUGCACAUUGAAAGAGAAAAUAAUGAUGCGGAGGAGCGUGAUGUAAUGGAAGCGCUGCAGCCCCAUUCGAGUCUAAAAGAGUUAGUGGUGAACGGAUACCCGGGUGCGAGGUUUGCGAGUUGGUUUCAUUCUCUCACAAAUAUUGUUAAUCUCACAUUGUCUGACUGUGAUAGAUGCCAACAUCUUCCACCGUUGGAUCAUUUACCUUUUCUUAAGAGUCUUGAUCUUAACGAGUUAAGGAAUUUGGAGCACAUAUCAGCAGAAGACAUGGUUAAAGACUUUGCCAGUGAUGAGACGAUGAUGAUGUCAGCUGCUUCUCCAUCGACGACCUUCUUUCCCUCCUUAGAGAGUCUUUAUCUAAGAAUGUGCCCUAAUCUCAAGGGAUGGUGGAGGAAUGAAACAGCUUCAGCUUCAGCUUCUUCAUUUCCUUGUCUUUCUAUUUUAUCUAUAUAUGGUUGUCCUAACCUAUCUUCCAUGCCGCUGUACCCAAAUCUUUAUGAACUGCGGUUACAGAAAAGCAGCUGGAAGGUCCUUCCCUCCUUCUUUGUUCCCUCUUACAAAUUAACAAAUCUGGAGAUUAGGGGCGUUGAGGAUAUAGAAUAUGUGCCAGAAGAAGGGAUUGGAAACCUCACAUUACUUGAGAAGCUUGAAAUUCAAGAUUGUCCUAAUUUGGUAUCACUACCAGAAGGGAUUGGCAAACUCACAUUACUCCAGAAGCUCUCAAUUGAAGAUUGCCCUAAUUUGGCAUCACUUCCAGAAGGGCUUUGUUGCCUCAGCUCCUUACAGGAACUGAAAAUUUGGUAUUGCCCGAAAUUGGGGUCACUACCAGAAGGGAUGGGCAACCUCAAAUCACUUCAGUUGCUUCGGAUAUGGGAUUGCCCUAAUUUGGCAUCACUCCCGGAAGGGCUUCGUUGCCUCCUCUCAUUAAAAAGGUUGAUAAUUGAUGGUUGCCCCAUCUUAAAGCAAAGAUGCCAGAAAGAAACAGGGGAGGACUGGUCCAAGAUUGCUCACAUCCCAGACAUUAGCAUUGAUUCUGAGUUGGUUCAGUGGAGAUUGGAUCCCCACUAAAAACUCUUAUGGCUUGAUUGUGAUUGUGCAACAGCAGGUCACCAAAAAUGUGGUAGUGAUUAAAAGAAGAAACUGAUUAGGCAUCCUGGCUUUGAUCAUACAAGUGACUCAGUUGUACUUGUAACUCUCAAAUUUCCUUAUGGCUUUUGACAUUGUGAAAGCAGUUUGUAUUUUGUCAUGAUGGCUGAUAUUUAUGAAUUAAAUUUUAGAUUCAUCUGCCAAGAAUGAGGUUAAUUCCCUUCAGUAUUCAUCUUUUGGUUGUACUUUAGUUAAUGAUUGAGUGAUAAUUUGGUUGUUUAAA